CUUUUGGAAAAUGUAUAAAAGCGGUUCGCUGAUUGAAAUUUAGUCAGAGCACGAAAUUAAAUUUAUAAGUUAUAUACGAGAUACCCCAGGAUGAACGCUAAGCAAACCUUUUUUACAAUAGUUUUUUUCCUCGCUUCAAUGCAUGUAACCAAAUGUCAUUUAGUGAGAAAACUAUUGGAGAGGAUAGAUCUUCCGCAGCUAGGUCAUCACAUGAAUAAUAACAUGUUCAUCACAUCGAAAGUACUUAAACCAAUUUACGACAGGUUUAAAACUUACUUUAUAAAUAUUCACCCACGUCUGGCUAAUCGAUCGAAUCUUAUAAAUCGCAUUAACAGUAAAUGCAUAAAAAUCAAUCCUCAUGAAAUAAUCGAACCAAUCGCCGUUAUCAAUCCAACGGAAAUGAUUCCAAUUGAAGAUAUUGGACAAAUUAACACUGCUUCAAUUAAACACGGUGAUGUUGUUCCGAUUGAGCUGGUUAAUGCUGUUCCAAUUGAGCCGGUUGAUGCUGUUCCAAUUGAGCCGGUUGAUGCUGUUCCAAUUGAGCCGGUUGAUGCUGUUCCAAUUGAGCCGGUUGAUGCUGUUCCAAUUGAGCCGGUUGAUGCUGUUCCAAUUGAGCCGGUUGAUGCUGUUCCAAUUGAGCCGGUUGAUGCUGUUCCAAUUGAGCCAGUUGAUGCUGUUCCAAUUGAACCGGUUGAUGCUCUUCUAAUUGAGCCAGUUGAUAUUGCUCCAAUUAAGCAGGUUGAUUGUAUGCCAAUUAAGCAGACAGAUGUUACGUCAAUUAAGCAAGUUGAUGCUGUUUCAAUUAAGCAGGUUGAUGCUGUUUCAAUUAAGCAAGUUGAUGUUGAUCCAAAUAAGCAGAUUGCUACUGAUCCAAUUAAGCAGGUUGAUACGGAUUCAGUUACAGCUUAAAAAUUGUUUUGUAUA